AUGAGCUAUACCCGGGGACAAGAGCAGUGCCGACCUGCCUUUGACAAGAAGCCGACUCCGAGAUUCAGUUCUGGGCUGCCCUUUGAAGAAGCAUGCGCUAAACACGUCGAGCAUACCUUCAAGGCUGCACGCAUCUUUAUCUUGGCAUCAAGGUCUUUAUCGAAGCAGACGGACAGCUUAGAGAAGCUGAAAGGAGCCUUGGGCGACCGUGUGGCUGGGUGUCACAUUGGCAUAAGCCCGCAUACACCCAUUUCCGAAGUCGUUGAAGUCAUCGACGAUGUAAGGAAACUUGAUGUUGAUUGCCUCGUCACGCUGGGGGCAGGGAGCAUCACUGAUGCCGCCAAACUGGUCAGGUUUGCGAUUGCAAACUCGGCGUGGGAUGAGAAGGCAAUAAGCACCUUGUGGGGUGGCCACUCGCACAACCCCACCCGUCGUGAGCACAUUAUAAAACCAACAAUCCCGAUGAUAUGCAUCCCAACGUCACUGUCCGGAGGAGAAUACCAAGCCAUUGCCGGCGCGACGGAGACCUUGACCACACGGGCGAAAAGGACAUUUGAGCCUGGCGUCGACCCGGAACUGGUUAUUCUUGACCCGGAACUGGUCAAAACUACUCCGCAAUGGGUAUGGCUGAGCACUGGAAUCAGAUCAGUCGACCAUUGCGUCGAGACAGUGUGCAGUCUGCAGAGUACACCCGAAGGAGAUGCUGCCGCCAGCCGUGGACUGGAUAUGCUGGUGCGCGGACUGCUCAGAUCAAAAGCCAAUCCAGACGACUCGGAGGGCCGGUACCUCUGCCAGCUUGGAGUGGUCCAGGCAAUGCAGGCUGUUUCUACAGGGACGCCAUUGGGUGCAAGCCAUGCAAUAGGACACCAACUGGGACCUCUGGGAGUUGGACACGGCGAGACGAGCUGUAUCCUGUUACCAGCGGUUUGCAAGUUCAACGCCGCCAAGGGAGCCAACAAUGCCAGGCAAGCUAUGGUUCGAGAGCUGUUGUUAGGACUAGAACCUGUCCAAGCCGCGAUCAAAGCCAGAGGUCGCGAGGCGAACGACCUGGAUCUGGGCGAUAUCCUCGACAUUGUGAUUGGGGAACUUGGCAUGCCCCGGUCCCUCCGGGCCGUCAACGUUGGCAGAGACAAGUUCGGUCUGCUCGCGGUCAACAGCUUGCACGAUCUUUGGAUCAAGACAAACGCCUUUCCAAUCACGGAAGAGGAUCAGGUGCUGGAAAUCCUGAACAUGGUGGCAGGGUGA